GAUGCUGCUUCCUGCUCAGGCCAACCAAGUGCCCCCGGGAUUCCUGCCCCCCCCCCAACAGGAGCAACCCGGCCUUCCACUCGAUGCUACAGUCGCCCAGCAACCACAGCAGGGCUUUAACCAGGUGGUCCCCCAGUAUUACCCUUCCUUUCCAUUUCCUCAACGGCCUGGAGGACAGGGCUUCCCCUACUACUUUCCGUAUGGAUACCCACAGUGGAAUCCUUCAUUGGUCCAGCAACAACCAUCCCAGCCCAACGGCAGGCAGAACCUGGAGCAGACAACUCCAAUACCAAACCUCCUGCAGGGAAAUACUAACAGAAAUUUUGGAACGGGGUCAGAAAUGAGUCCUAGCAGACGUGGAGAUUCUGUAGGCACAGAGGUCCCAAACCCCUCCUUUGUGUUUGAACCAUAGGAUGAAAUAAUGGCAGGAACUCUUGGGAGAAAGAUGUUCCCACCAUAAGCCGACAACCUUGGGCUGUCUUACCCUAAACUUUACAUUGAUCUGAUUUUGUGUUUUUCACUACCGACUGUUUAAAAGGUG